AUGCUGACGCCACGCCUGCUGCAGCAACAGCAGCUGCAGCUGCAGCAGCAGCUGCAGCAGCAGCGGCGACAGCGGCUCUUCAGGUCUAUGCAGCUGCUGCUGCUGGGUUUGUAUUGCGUGUUUAUCUUUAGUGCUGCUGCAGCAGACGGUGUGCUGCUGCCUAACAGCCGCUCUCCCUCUUCGUUUCAUCUCGGCUCCUCCCUGUGGGGCCCCUACCCCAGCAGCAGCACCCUGUUUGCUGCGCGGAAGCAGCAGCAGCAGCAGCAGCAGCAGCAGCAGCAGGUGGGAUUGGGUACACGCACUCUGGCCUUCGCCAACCCCUUUGGGGCCCUUCGUGGUUUGCUGAAGCGGAAAGGAGGGUCGGAUGACAGCAGCAGCAUAGGAGAUACGAGCAGCAGCAGCAGCAGCAGCAGCAGCAACAACAACAACAGCAACACAAGCAGCAACGGCGAGAGCAACAACGGCAGCAGCGGUGCAGCAACAGCACAAGCAGCAGCAGCACAAGCAGCUGUAGACGCUGCUGUUGGGGCAGCAAUUGAGUUUGCUGCUGAACAAUUGGGGGCCCUGAGGCAAGAAGUGCAGUCCUUGCUGCUGCAGCAGCUGCAGCAGCAGCAGCAACAGCAGCACAGAAAAAAGGGAGACCCAGAGGAGAGGCGUCUGCCUGUCACUGAAAUGGCUGCAGCUGCUGUUACUGCUGCAGCAAAGAAGAAACUGCAUGCAGCUGUAUCCAAAACAGCAGCAGCAGCAGCAGUUGCUGCUGCUGCUGCAGCUGCAGACGGCAGGCUACAGCGUGCUGAAACACAGAUAGAAGCCUAUGUAGACAGGGAGGCGAAGGGCUUGUUUCAGCAGCAGAUGCAGCAGCAGAUUCUGUUGCUGCUCCAGCCCUUCGUGUCUGGGAGUGCUGCUGCUGCUGCUGCUGCUGGUGCAGAGGGCAAGGGAGGCCGCAGCAGCGAAGGGAGAAGCCCGGAGCAGCAGCUAGAAGCUGCUGCUGCUGCUGUGUUGCAGCAGUUUGAUAGUUUGCUGCUACAAUGUAUUCCUUCUUCCCAGGUGCGGGAGCGUUGGGGGUGCAUGGAGCUGCAGCAGCUGCUGCAGCAGCAGCUGCUGCUGCAUGCAAAGGGUAUGCGCAUGCAGAGGAGCGAGCAGCAGCAGCAGGCUGAGACGUUGCUGCGGGUGGUGCAGCAUCAGCAGGGUUUGCUGCAGCAGCUGCAGCAGCAGCUGCAGCAGGAGCAGCAGCCCAGGCCCUUCUCUAUGGGGGCUGCCUAUAGGGUGCCAGACACAAAUCUUCAAAUAGCAGCAGCAGCAAGACAAGGAAGGCUGCAGCUCAACCUUACAUGCGUUCCUGAUGAUUCUCCUGCUGCUGCUGCUGGUGUCUUAGGGCAGCAAGGGUUUGUUCGUGGGGUUGAGGGCCUAGGAAACCUCGGCAUCAGCUGCAGCUUCUCUAUUUAA